CCUCACGUCUCUCAAACGCUAUAAAUUCCAAAGCAAGCACAUCAAAACCAUAAACCUUGCAUCUUCUCUUCUCAUUUCCACCGCUUCCAUCGAUCACCCCGCACGCGCUCAGACAUGGGAGAUUACGACGCUGACCUUCCGCCAGGCUUUCGAUUCUUCCCCUCCGAUGAAGAGCUCGUGGUCCACUUCCUCCGUCGCAAGGCCUCCCACCUCCCUUGCCAACCCAACAUCAUUCCUACUCUCGAUCUCCAUCUCUUCGACCCAUGGGAUCUCAACGGUAACGCGCUACAAGGAGGCAACCAAGUGUGGUACUUCUUCUCGCGCAAUGCUCAGCACAGAGCCACACCAAGCGGCUGCUGGAGCCCUGUAGGCAUCAGUGAGAACAUAACAAACGGUGAUCAGCAUGUUGGCGUGAAGAAAACCCUAGUUUUCUUCUUCGGCGAGAACAAAACUAACUGGGUAAUGCAUGAAUACCAUCUACUCGAUGCCAUUAAUGCUAGUACUAGUAACACUAGGAGGUCUUCUUCCAAGAAGAGAUCGAAUCCAAGAACAGAGACUAACAAAUGGAUUAUAUGUCGAGUGUAUGAUUCAUCCUGUGGAUCGCAGUCGAGCUUCCAAGAUGGCGGGAGGGAGCUCUCGUGCUUGGAUGAAGUCUUCUUAUCGUUCGACGAUCUCGAUGAAGUGAGCCUGCCAGAUUAAUUAGCAAAUGUGUAUCCAUGAUAUAUAAAUGAUCAAAUAAUGAACUGGCCUUAUAAAGCUG